AAUGUCACUCUCUGAAGUCGACUAAAAUAAAUUUAACGUUUAAAAGACUCGAAGAAUUUUUUUUGUUGCGAAAUAUAUAUUGGCAAUUCAAGUCAAUAGCAGUAUAUUUCCAUUUUGCAGUAUAGAUAUUUGUAAGCAAAAGUUUUUACGUAUACAAAUAAUGACUUGGUGUUUUCAAAUACAGUUCAGCUUACCAAAAGGACAAUUGAGCUACGUCGAAAAAUGGCCGCUAAUGAAAUCUAACGAAAUGGCGUUCCUUUUGGCAAUAUAUUUGGCGUUUAUAUUGAAAAUAGGUCCAAUGGUUAUGGAGCACUUCAAUGCUAUACAAAUGAGAACAAUCUUGACAGUCUACAAUGCAAUUAAAGUUGCCAAUUCGACAAUGUUAACGUUUCAGUUUCUCCGAUAUAUUCAAGAACGCGGAUUGUUUCCGAGAAAUUGUGAAUACGAUGACGAUAUUUUAUACACAAUCGCCGCUCUAUACUGGAAGUACAUGGUGACGAAAGUUCUAGACCUCUUCGAUACGGUUUUCUUCGUACUCCGUAAGAAGUACAGUCAAAUAACGUUUCUACACGUUUAUCACCACGUGUUCAUGGUAAUGAUUACUUGGUCCAGUUUGAAAUACGACCCGUCGGACCACUGGGCGUUUAUGGCCGUGUUAAAUUGCACUAUUCACGUUUUCAUGUACGUGUAUUAUGGGAUAGCGUCUUUUGGGCUGAAAUACAGAAAGUACUUGUGGUGGAAAAAGUACUUGACUAUAAUGCAGUUGAUCCAAUUUCUCUUGAUAAUGAUUCACGUAAUGAUUCAGACGCACAUAACGGACUGUCCUAUGCACGCUGGUACCUAUUGGUUGGGUUUAUCCAACAUUGUUCUCUUCAUAUUUCUCUUCAUGGAUUUCUAUAAUAAGAAAUAUCGAACAGGUACACCUGUGGACAACUUAAAAAUUGUAUGUGGUAAGCACCAGUAAUCUUCCAUCAAUGUAUGUAUGCAUAAGUGGAAUAAAGUAAUUGGUAUAAUUAAA